AUGUCGUUAUCUACAGGUUCCACAGGUUCAGAGAGAAGUAAUCAAUCCUUGAUUAAGGGCGCAUUAGAUUUAGACCCUUGGUUAGAACCCUUCUCUGGACAAUUGAUACACCGUCAAUUAAACUUGAGAAAAUGGUACGAUGAAUUCAAACAGAAUGAAGGUAGUUUAACUAACUUUGCAUCUGCGUAUGAAAAGUAUGGUUUGCAUGCUAAUUGGGAUACUAAGGAAGUGUUCAUUAACGAAUAUAUUCCAAAUGUGGUAGAGGUUUCGUUGGUAGGGGAUUUUAAUAAUUGGGACACUAACACCCAUAAAUUGAAACCAGUAAAUGAUUUUGGACUUUGGUCAUUGACAAUCAAGCCAACAGAGAACAAUGAAUUUGCUGUCCCGCAUGACUCCAGAUAUAAGAUUUCGAUGGUCACCGCAAGUGGAGAGCGAAUCUACAGAUUAUGUCCAUGGUUGAAAAGGGCUACACCUUCUACUGAAAACAACUUGUAUGAGGGAAGGUUUUGGAAUCCACAGCCGACUGAAACAUAUAAAUUCAAGCAUGAGAGACCAAGACUUGAAAGCAAGGAUGGUAUAAAAAUUUACGAAGCUCAUGUGGGUAUUUCUACCCCGGAACCAAAAGUUGGGUCAUAUAAGAACUUCACAACUAAGGUGUUGCCUGUUAUCCAUAAGUUAGGAUAUAACACUAUUCAAUUAAUGGCGGUUAUGGAGCAUGCUUAUUAUGCGUCGUUCGGUUAUCAGGUCACUAAUUUUUUUGCAAUUUCUUCUCGUUUUGGCACGCCAGAAGAUUUGAAAGAAUUAAUUGACGAAGCCCAUAGAUUGGGUAUUAGAGUUUUGCUAGAUGUGGUUCAUUCCCAUAGUUCUAAAAAUGUUGAAGAUGGUUUGAAUAUGUUUAAUGGUACGGAUCACUAUUUAUUCCAUGGUGGCACUAAGGGUUCGCAUGAAUUAUGGGAUUCUAGAUUAUUCAAUUACUCUAACUACGAAACCUUGAGAUUCUUGUUGUCAAACUUGAGGUUUUAUAUUGAUGUCUUUAAAUUUGAUGGAUUCAGAUUUGAUGGCGUCACAAGUAUGUUAUACAAACAUCAUGGCUUGAGUUUUGGAUUUAGUGGUGAUUACAAUGAAUAUUUCAAUUCUGAGUGGGUCGAUAAUGACGCAAUAACAUAUUUAAUGUUGGGCCAUAAAUUAUUAGAUGAGAUCAGUGUAAGAGAAAACAACUACAAAUUUGUCUCCAUUGCUGAAGAUGUUAGUGGUAUGCCAACAUUGUGCUUACCGAUCGGUCAGGGUGGUAUUGGAUUUGACUACAGGUUAUCUAUGGCUAUUCCAGAUAUGUGGAUUAAGAUUAUUAAACAUUUGAGUGAUGAAGAAUGGGAUAUGGGAAGCCUUGUGCAUACCUUAACUAAUAGAAGACAUGGUGAAAGGUGUAUUAGUUAUUGUGAAUCCCAUGAUCAAGCAUUAGUGGGUGAUAAGACCAUUGCUUUUUGGUUAAUGGAUAAAGAAAUGUACACCAAUAUGUCAACAUUGACUCCUUUCACGCCAGUUAUCGAUAGAGGUAUUGCGUUGCAUAAAAUGAUUAGGUUAAUUACUUUCUCUUUAGGGGGAGAAGGUUAUUUAAAUUUCGAAGGCAAUGAGUUUGGCCACCCUGAAUGGUUAGACUUUCCAAGAAAAGGAAACGGCGAAUCAUAUGCUUAUGCCAGAAGACAAUUCAAUUUAAUUGAAGAUGAUUUAUUGCGUUACAAGUUUUUGUUUGCUUUUGAUGGUGCAAUGCAACAUUUAGAUACCAAGUAUGGUAUAUUGUUGUCUUCGCAAGCCUAUGUAUCUUUGAAAAAUGAAAAUGAUAAGGUUAUUGUCUUUGAAAGAAACGGCUUAUUAUUCAUUUUUAAUUUUCAUCCUACCAAUUCUUAUGCUGAUUACAAGAUUGGGGUAGAAACCCCAGGUGUCUACCAAAUAGUUUUAAACUCGGACAGUCUUAGUUUCGGAGGUCAUGGUAGAAUUGAAGAAACAAACAAAGAAACGGGUGAAAAAUUACAAUUCUUCACUAACAAUGAAAGAUGGAAUGAUAGAUCUAAUGCAUUAUUUUGUUAUAUUCCAUCAAGAACGGCAAUUGUCCUUCAAGUCAAGGAAAAAGUCGUUUAG